CGCAGGGCCGCGCCGGUGGCGGCGCCGUUUGCUCGCGGCUGCUGGCGGGCGCGCGGGGCGCGUGCGGGGAGGUGGCGCAGCUCCCUCAGGGAGGUCAGGAGGCGCCGGCGGCCGCCAUUGUGAUCUGCCGGCGUAGAGCUGUGCCGCUGCGCACCCCGGCCCCACCAUGGUUCGAUUGCAUGUGAAGCGCGGCGAUGAAAGCCAGUUCCUGCUGGAGACGGUCGCCAGCGCCCGUCUCUCCGAGCUGGCCCCCCUCGUAGCCCGUAUUUACAACGGGAGGCUGAAGGUGCAGCGCCUCUGCUCAGAGAUGGAGGAGUUGGCAGAGCAUGGUACUUUCUUGCCUUAUAAUAUGCAAGGGCUGACAGAUGAGCAAAUCGAAGAACUGAAGUUAAAAGAUGAGUGGGCAGAAAAGUGUGUACCGAGUGGUGGAAGUGUCUUCAAGAAGGAUGAAAUUGGACGAAGAAAUGGACAUGCUCCAAAUGAAAAAAUGCAGCAAGUUAUAAAGAAGACAAUAGAAGAAGCCAAGGCAUUAAUCUCUAGGAAACAAGUUCAGGCCAAUGUAUGUGUUAAUAUGGAGAUGGUGAAAGAUGCAUUGGACCAGCUCCGAGGGGCCGUGAUGAUUGUGUAUCCAAUGGGAUUGCCUCCGCAUGAUCCAAUUAGGAUGGAGUUUGAAGAUAAAGAAGACCUGUUGGGAACUCAAGCUGGACUUGAAGUUAUAGAAGAAUCAGAAGCACAAUUGUGGUGGGCAGGAAAGGAGCUGAAAGAAACAAAGCUACUCUCAGACUAUAUAGGCAAAAAUGAGAAAACAACCAUCAUUGUCAAGAUACAGAAAAGAGGACAAGGUGCUCCAGGGCGUGAACCUCUGAUUAGUCAUGAAGAGCAAAAGCAGAUGAUGCUCUAUUACUACAAAAAGCAGGAGGAACUUAAGAAACUAGAAGAUGAUGAUGAUGACUCAUUUCUAAACGCUGAAUGGGCAGACCACCAUGCUUUGAAAAGACAAUUUCAUGGUGUAAAAGACAUCAAAUGGGGGCCGAGAUGAAGCUCUACAAACACUUUCUGCCUCUUCAAGCUGUUUAGUUGAUACACUUAUUUCCAAGAGGAGUUGUGUGCAGUGGAUUCUUCUGGUGAAAGCUGAAAUCAUCACUUCAUAGCAGAUGCCUGUUUCAGCCUUAGGUUUUGAGUAAAUGUUACAUUUCUGUGUAACUCGAGCAGCACUUGUCUCUGCAAAGGGCAGAAUCAAGCCUGUAGAAGUUCAUUCUUUUACUAAAAGCUUAUGAUUUGAAUGUUGAAUUACCCAUUUCAUAGACAAAUAUAUCAAGUAAAUAUGCAAUAGAAUGUCUGAUACUGUUUGGAGUAGUCUUUAUACUUUCUUCUGAUUUCCUUUAGAUGGAAUAGUCUGCAGAAGAUAAUUUAUUUUAGAAAAAAAUCUGUUUUUCCAGGCCAAUCCAGUGGAAGGUAGUGAUGUUUAUGUGCUUGUUUGCAUUUCAACAUAGCCACUUCCAAACUAUUGACCUCUUAAUGAUUGUUUAAAGGAAGUAUUUUUAGAUAAACACAAAUAGCAUUAAAAUCCUUGUGGAACUCUUCA